CCCCUAUUUUUUUUUUUUUUUAACACUUUCUGUUCGACUCCCACAUAUAGUCGUCUGAAAAGGUGAUAAUAAAUCAAAUGUUUUGCUAAUCUCUAGCUAUCUAAAUACUGUGACUGAUGUGCUGCUGGUCCACGACAUGUUGUUCAGAUGGGCCCUCACAUUGCACACACUAUGAUGUUGCAGUGAAAUAGAAACCCAGAAGGCUCCAUUGAAAACUAAGCAAAUCAUCCGUGACCAACCGUGUGUGCUGCUUCUUGGGGAGAAAAUGGAAAAGAAAGCAGAGAUAUCAAAGCCCUUCUAUGUGAGCUCAGCACCAAAACAGAAAACAAGUGCUGAGAUCAUUAGCGAGGCCCGUAAAUCUCUGAGAACUCUUAAGACCCAGAGACCGUUAACACCCAGAGAAGACCAAAGGAAACUUUUUGGACCUUCAUCUUCUCGAACACCAGAGAACAGACCCCCUUCAGCUUUCAGUCUUCAUGCCCUCAAUUUUGAUGUACCCGAUUCAAGGCCUGUUACUGUUAAACGCCUUACCCCCUUGGAACAUAUUCCCAAACUUCCCUCGUCUCCUGAUAAUGAAGUUGACACUUCACCUCCUCUUCCUAAACCUCCAGUCGACCCAGUGGAAGUCAAAAGAGUGAGCAGUGCUCGGGCACGCUUAUUUAAAGCAGCUUCCCAGGGAGGUCUCCCACCAGUUAUUCGACCAGAAGAAUUCAUGAAGAGACUGAACUCUGAGCCCUCACUUGCAAAACCAAGUCCUCCACAAGCUGCUCAAAAGAAUGUGUUUUCAAAAGGCCAGUUUAGAGGCAGCAGCCCCGUACUGACUGAACCCACUAAAGCUGAUGAGAAUGAAAAAGAAGUUUUUUCAAAGAAGGCAUGUGAGAACUCUGUAUCAUCCAGACCUGGUAGUGGAAGUGACUCCAUUGGAAGCCCUAGCAGGACAUCUUCCCGACCCAGUAGUUCAGAAAGCACAGGAGCAAGAAACAGAACAGGCACUGGAAACGAAUCCAGAACGCAGGAGGUUGAAACAGAAGAAGAAACCUGUUAUUGGAAUGCAAAGAUUAUACCAAUUCUUCAGCAACUGGAAUCUACACAGAAUGGUAAUGACGUUGAGUACCUGUGUGGUACCUGUGUCAGACUGUAUGGUGCACUGGAGCAGGGGAACAUGCUGGAAAGGAAGUGUAAGAAGAGAGCCUCCCUGCUGAAAGCCCUGUAUAGACUGAUUGAUAUUGGCUCAGACCAGCUUAGUUUACAACUAGCCAAACUUAUUCUGGCACUCAGUGUAACUGGAAAAAAUCUUCUCAAUGUAUGCAAGCUUAUAUUUAAAAUCAGCAGAAGUGAGAACAAUGACUUUCUCUUCGAAAAUAAUUCCAUAACAGAUUCGUUGCUCUCCGUUGUCUGCACUGAAGAUGUCUUUUCCAUCAGCGAAGCCCUUCUAUAUUGCAUGGGUGCUCUAAAAUUCCUUUCUGGGAACUCCACGAUCCUUAAAGAGCUACUUAACAAAGGUCUAGUUGAGAUCCUGCUGCAGUUAAUGAAGAAAAUUAAUGAUGCCAACAAGUUAAAUAAAACACACUUCUCCAUCUCAGGACACCUACUUGUUCAGCUAACAGCUACCCUGAGAAACUCAGUGGACCAGUCGAGGCAGAGGUUUCUUUGUAGCGAAGCGCUUCCAGAGCUCUGUGUGGUAUUGGAGCAGCAUGGGAGUGAUAAGGAUAUCUGCACCAAUAUAGCCAGAAUAUUCAGUAAGCUGUCUUCCUACAAUGAUUGUUGUGCCGCACUGGCUAACUGCUCAGGUUGCUAUCAGUUAUUCUUGGCAUUACUCAAAAAGCACCAGAAAAAGCAGGACUUCGUGGUCCGUAUUUUUUUCACUCUGGGGAAUUUGACCGCCAAAAACAAUAACGCUCGAGAACAGUUCUUUAAGGAAGAGGGUAGCAUCGACGAUGUCCUGGAGUUGUUCCGUGUUUACUAUGAGCUGGAUAUAACCUCAAAAGCCUCCAAAACCCAUCCGAGAGUUGAGGAAGAAAGGGAAUGUGUCCAAACACACACCUCUGAGGUGGAAGAUGUCCUCAUAAAGCUAAUCCGACUGUUAGCAAAUUUAUCAAUUCACCCGACUGUAGGUACCGCACUGGCUACUAACCCAAUAUGCGUGGGACUGCUUGUCAAAGUGCUUGAGUACAAAUCAAUUGAUGAAUGCGAGGAGCUGGUGAUCAAUGCAGCAGCGACCAUCAACAAUCUGUCCUUCUACCCAGUAAGAAACUCGGUGGUGAGAGCCCGGCAGCUGCAUCUUGCUGAGUUGCUGGUGAAGUUGUUGCUGAGUAAUAACAUGGAAGGAAUAUUGGAAGCUGCUCGAGUGUUUGGAAAUCUUUCACAAUCUGAAGAAGUCCGGGACUUUAUUGUGCAGAAAAAUGUUUACAAGUUCAUGGUUGCACUACUGGAUGCAAAGAAUCAAGAUGUGUGUUUCUCUGCUUGCGGGGUCCUCAUAAACCUCACGGUGGACAAAAACAAGCGAGUAAUACUCAGAGAGGAAGGAGGAAUUAAAAAGCUGAUCGAUUGUUUACGGGACUUUGGCCCUACGGACUGGCAGCUGGCCAGCCUGGUGUGUAAAACCCUGUGGAACUACAGUGAGAAAAUGACAUGCGCUGCCCUGAGCUUUGGAGAGGAAGAGACAAAAGCACUGCUACACAUCCUUUCAACCUAUUUAGAAGAAGAUCUAGCUUUAGACUGCAGCUCGAGCGAAGACCUUAGAGAAUUCCAUAAAGUCUGCUGGGAGACAGAAUUUAUCCCUGUGGCUCAGCAGCUAAUGAAUAGGAUCCAGAGGCACGACACUUUCCUGGAGCCUCUCACAGCUCCAUCAUAGCAACAUGCAAAGUGCACUAAAAGCAACAUUUCCUUUGAUUGCUGACUCUGUAACAAAACCCUUGAUUUAUGCUUUGUUAAUUAUAUUGUACUUUUACAGUAUAUUAUGUAAUCUUCCUGCUGAAGAUAAUACUUCAUACAGUACAUGAACUGGAGGAGAUUACAUAAUAUAUUAUGGACAAGAAUAAUCAGUACAAACUAUUGUUAAUGCAGUGCAGAUGGAAAUAUUUCAGGUUUUGUGAAACAGAAGAAGCUUGUUAAGCAACAUUAUUAAUAAUAUAUGGACUGUAAAAUGAAUGUACAUAAAUCAGUGGUUCAUUGGUGUACAAGUGGAAGGAAAACUUGAAAAUUGUACAAGGGUGCAUGUUUUAAAGUUCCACAACCAUAAGUGAGAUUAAAAAUGGUAUGUAAGAUGGUCUUUCAUCAAUAUUUAAAACAUAAAUAAACAGCGCAAUAAUACUGUAUUGUGAAAAAAUUAAAA